GGGAGACCGGAAGUGAGCCGUCAGGGGAAGAAGAUGGCAGCGCAGGGAAGGGGUCGGGUGGGUGGUGGCAAGGAGGAGCGUGUGUCGGCGCGUUCGGAUUCGGAGCUGCUGCUGCACCCGGAACUGCUCUCGGAGGAGUUCCUGCUGCUUACGCUGGAGCAGGUAAAAAUAUAUUGGUCAAAAAUGAUGUGAAGAUGGACAAAGAUGGGCUCACAGAUCUCUAUAUUCAACAUGCCAUUCCCUUGCCUCAGCGUGACUUACCAAAAAGUAGAUGGGGGAAAAUGAUGGAAAAGAAAAGAAAGCAAAAUGAGCCAAAAAGUGAGAAUAAAAGCGUUACAGCGGUGGAAGGAUUAAGGAAACGGCCAUUAAUUGUUUUUGAUGGCAGUUCAACAAGCACAAGCAUAAAGGUGAAGAAGACAGAGAAUGGAGCUACUGAUCGCCUAAAACCUCCCCCAGCUGGAAGCAUCACUAAUACUGUGAGGAGAUUAUCAGCUCCUUCAAAUGCCUCGACAUACAUUUCAGCCUCCAGUUUAUCAGAGGACGCUAAGCUGGAAGUGAGGAAUAAUGAGGCAAAGCAGAACAAUAUUUCAAAGACUAAUAGCAGUGUAUUGGUUAAUCUGAAGACACACCCUUUAUCUCCAGUAGCAGGAACUACUGUUGUGAAGUUAAAGAGAUCUGUUCCGAAAGAUGAAUCUGAUUUGCCGAAUGACCUAAAGCCUACAGAAGCAAAAAAGAAAAUCCAGCAUGUUACAUGGCCAUGAAGCAGCUAUUGGUGCUCAAAACAUAAAUGUUACUUCCGUAUUUUCAAACAGAUAAGUCAUAUUUGAGCAAUUUAGGUACACUUCUUUUUAAACCAUGCAGGGAUUCAGAUUGCUGUGAAGUUUUAACAAAUUUAAAAGUUCCCUGUUGUAAAUCUGAAGUCAUUAUCACCAGUCACCUUAAGAGCGUCUAUUAUUUUAAACCAAGUAAUUUAUUUUCUCUUUAAAAGAAGGUAAUAUUACGAUAUACUAAACCCUCCGCUUUUGUUUUUCAAGAUUAUUAUAGUUCAUCUCCUGCACAUCCCUACAGAUCACAUACAUAAAUACUAUUUCUUGUUUCAUUUUUGUUUUCAGUAAGAUUCGCUUUUUGUUCCAGUUCUGGGUAAGUAGUUAAAGUAGUUAAUGAGAUUCAAAGGGAUCCCAUGAGUGUUCUUGAUUACAAAAGAAAAAUAAUUAAUUUAGAUGAGAAAACUGACUGGUUCUACUAAUAAGAUAGUUUGAGACAACUUUCUGUUUCCUUUCUGUUGCAUAGAAUAUGAGUGUAGAAUUCACAGUGCAAGUUAGGUUGGUAAUAAGAGAUGAACUAUUUAACAGCAUUACUUCAAAUUGAAGUUUCUCUUACUGACUUAUGAAAUAAAUGCACAGAUGGUAGUAUGAUGUUCAACUGUCUGAUAGGAAUCUUUGAGAGGAAGUAGUGAAUGGAUUAGUGCCGUGUUAUCUUAUACACAAAGGCACGUUUUACACACAUGAAAGUGUAAAAAUGUGCCAAUAUAGCAAAUUUGCUUGUUUUCCUGGUUACAGUCGUGCUGAUAAAAUAUGGGGAAAGUUUAUGGAAUGCAUGCCAGUGCUUUUUCAACUUUCUAACAGUCGGAGAGGGAUAAGGUCAGGAAGACAAAGAAGUACCUUGAGAGCAUUAGUGUAUGUAGGCGCACAUUUUUCUCCCUAAUUCUUUUAUUCCUUUUUCUUCCUGUGAUUGUUUAAGGUGGAUGAUGGUUUUCUGUGAAACUUGAAGUUUCAUCUGGAUCAAUUGGGAGUGCUCUUAUAAGGCAGGAAUCAAGUUGAUGGCAACUUUUUAAUUAAAUCUCUGUGGCUCAGGGUGAAGCCCAUCUAGAUCCAUUUUAGGUAUGGACGAUAAAUAACAAUAAUGCUUCCAGACUUAGUACCCACUUCUGUAUCCACUUAACUCACUAAAAGAAGCUGUCAGUAGUGAUCUGAGAACUUGUUUACAUUUUUUUAGAUUGGUUAGUGUUAAAACCAAAAACUGUAGCGUAAUUCAGUACUGACAGUUCUCCAUUCACUGUUACGACAUAAAAGGCACUUCUUGAAUGCUGUAAAAUGGUAAGAAUGUGUGUGUUUUGAAAUUGUGUGCUGUUUCCCUUUUACUAAACACUUGUGCAUUUUUUGUACUUGAGUACAGCAAACUUUAAUGUAAUGUACAUUUUGUAUGUAAAGAGUUGUCUUUUAAGUAGCCUUAUCCUAUUUAAAUAAAUUCAAUUAAAAGCAAACUAAGCAGUUCUCAUUUGUUUUUAUGAAGCAACUAGGCCACUUCAUUUUCUACAAUUAUACUUCAGUGGACUUCAAGUGACUAGAAUUUGAAGCUUACGUUGUAGAGGGCUCAGUAGCUUUGUUGGAGUUGUAGCAGCAGUUAGUAUCAUGUGAAGUGCUGAUCCUUGCAUUAGGGUAACUUGAGAGGAGUUCUGUUUUGUGGGUGGCUUCCUCUUAUUUAGAAUCUAGAUUAUAUAUUGUCAUAGUUCCAGUUGGUAGAAGAGUGUGUGUGUGUUAAGGAGUCAUUUGCAGAACUGUACUGGAAUGGUAUCCUGAUGCUAGUGCAUGGUCAUAGUCAUCUUUAAAGCUAAAAUGCUUCCCAACUUUGCCAUGUUUCACCUACCUUUCCUUAAAGCCAGGACCAUUCUAUUUUCUUUAGUAAUGUUUGGGGGGCAAGGUGCAAACCAUGCUUUUCUUACUGUCCUACACUGCUCCCCUGGAUAAUAGCAGUCCUUCUCUUAGCAAAGUACUAGAGCAGAGCUGCAGUGUGCUGGGGAUUGCCAGGACCCCAGAGGAGAGUAAUUGAGGUAGGUGGUCUCAUACUUUGGAAGGUAUGGAUAUAAAAAGGAUUGUUUUGGCUUUUCUUUACUGCAACCUUAAUUGUAGAAUUAAGUGACAGUAGGACAGAUUUUAGUCAUUAUUUAGUGAGAUUGGAUUGGCAGGAUAUGCACUUCAAAACUGUCAGAUAGCAAAGUUCUUCAAACUAUACAGUAAAUUAAAUCUGAUCCAAAACACCUUUUUAUCUUGUUGAAAUAUUGAGAGUGGAAUGGCCUGUGACUGCUUGAUGCUUGGUACUAAGAAAAAGAAAAAAACAUUAAAUUCAAGAGUGGCAGCAAGAAUUAGAAGCAAACUUACCUUGCACAGUUAGAUACAGAGUAAGUACAGGCCUAAUUCUGCUUUCCACAUCUGAAGAUCGUAGAAUCACAGAAUGGUUUGGGUUGGAAGGACCCUUAAAGACCAUACAGUUUCAACCCCCUGCCAUGGACAGGGACAUCUUCCACUAGAUCAGGGUACCUGUGGCCCCGUCCAGCCUGGCCUUGAACACCUCCACCUCAAGCAAAGUUUCUCUGGGCAAUCUAUUCAGUGCCUCACCACCCUCAUAGGAAAGAAAGAUUCCUGUUGGAAGAGUGGCAUUACUUUCCUCCUCUUCUGUGAUAUAAAUUCCAUGCAAAAGGUAUACUGGGUUUGUGCUUUGCAUAACAUGGCCGUGUUCCUUGAAGUGUGCUGUGGGAAGAUGGUUAUCAUCCAAUGGCUUAUUUUUUCUUAAUUUUAUUGCCUUUGUAGCAGAUAUAUAGCAGAAAUGAUGCUAUAGCAAAGGAUGCUACAUAUUGCAAUGCAAUAAUAAAAGCAAACCCUAAUGUAGAAAUUAAAUUGUAAGUUUCAUGAAGAUAAGUGUUGUUUUAAUUGUUUUAACCUUGGUUGCUGAGAAGAGUAUUCAGUUUUGAGUUUAAAGCCUACGAACAUGCUUUAAUCAGCUGCAAUCAAAUCAGUAUUUUUACAUAGUUUAGUUUUGCUAAUAACUCUCCCAGUGACUGCAGUUAGUAGAAGACUGAUGUAUCAGCAAGGCCUGUGCGAGGAUUGUUUAGUGCCACAAUUUCCUAGCAAGUUGGGUGUGCAAAAAAGGUUUGUGUUUGUAUGGCUCUUAAAUUGUGUUUUGUAAGACUGUGAAAGCAUUCUAUUUGUAAAUAUCCAGUAUGUAAAUGCAGUUAAACCACAAUAACAGUUUUGUUUUAAAUGACUUUUAUUUUUAAAAAUACAAUGUGCGGUGUAAUGUUGACUAAAUGUAAUACUGACGCUGUCAAUCAGAACUGUACUUCACACAAUGAUCAGCUAGUCAUGCAAUAAAAUGUGUAUCUGUUAUGAAGCA